AUAAACUACACCAUUAGGUGCUAAUGGUCCAAAAAAUAUAAAUAAAGUAGUUUCUUUAAACAUAACAGGAACAAUAAAUGAAUAUUGUACGCUGGUAUUUGAAACCCAGUUUUGUUAAGCAAUUAACAAAACCAGUCGGGCUUCUUUCAAACAUUGUCACCAUGUCUUCAUCAGCAUUUAGCAGUGCAGCUAAAAGGAUCGUAUGGGUGGACCUUGAGAUGACAGGUCUUAAUGUGGAGAAGGACCAUAUUUUGGAGAUAGCCUGUGUGGUCACAGAUGAUGACUUGAAUAUUGUGGCUAAGGGACCUAAUAUAGUCAUCAACCAGCCAGACAGCAUCCUCAAUGAAAUGAAUGACUGGUGUAUUGCUCAGCAUGGUGAGAGUGGACUAACGGAGGCUAGUCGGCAAUCAAAAAUAACUCUAAAGGAUGCAGAGCAACAAGUUCUGGAUUUUGUAAAAUCCCAUGCACCAGAGAAGAAGUGCCCUUUGGGCGGCAAUUCAGUCUACAUGGACCGUUUAUUUUUAAGAAAAUAUAUGCCAGUACUAGACAACUAUCUUCACUACAGAAUUAUAGAUGUCAGUUCCAUAAAGGAGUUAGCAAAGAGGUGGUACCAAAAAGAGUAUUCACUCAUGCCUAUGAAAAAAUUCAAACAUCGAUCUAUAGAUGACAUACUGGAAAGUAUAGAGGAAUUGAAGUAUUUCAAAAGGCAUAUAUUUAAGGCAACAGAUAAAUUGCAGACAGCAGUUUAAUGUCAAAUUAUGCAUAUUAUUGCAUAAGCUUAUACUACAAAUGUUAGUACAGUAAUUAGGACAUUUGACAACAUUAUCUACAAUUCGCUGGCUGGAGAGUAAAUACUUUUUGAAGCAGUGUAUCAAUACUAAUUUAUUUUUCUGUUGUCAGCCACAGAUAACUAAUCUGUG